GAUGUCAACAAGAAAGAUCCACACACCUGGCCUUCUUCUUUGAUCUUCCAUCACCUUUAUUUUGUUUUAAAAGAUGUCUUUAGCAGCAUCCUUGCUUUCCAACAAGCCCCACAAGGCAGUCUUGGUCACAGCCCAAGGUGUGGAACCAGGCGGCCACAUUGAAGCUCGAGUUGGGCGCAAGAACGCAUCUUGGGAAAACCGUGGUUCCAACGAUGGAGCCGUGAGUGAAAAUGCCGGUGAGAAUGGACAAGUGGUAUUGGGUUGGCUGAUCUACAAUACGUUUCGACGCCCCGUGGAUGAACUGGAAAUGCAUCUUCGAGUCAUGACUCGACAUCAUAAAUUGGUGGGAAAGGAAGUUAUGGGUGAAGUCAAGGUGGAUUUACGCAAUGUCAAUCAAAAGGAAGUCAAGGUGAUGGGCGUCAAACUCAAUCUUACCAUUGGGAGCGACCGGAUUCUAGUCGAUCAUCCCAAUCCCGCCACACGCACACAUCCCUGUGGAACCAACCAUUUUGGCAUGCUACCCACGGGAAUUGAUGAAUUGGCGAUGAAUGACUUGAAGGGGUGUUACUUGUGGGGAUCGGCCAGUGAACCCAUGACCAGCUGGGUGGCCUGUCAUUUGCUCCAUCACAACAAACCCUUCAAAACUGGUCCCAUGUUGGUGCAAUCCCCCAUCCCUCCUUUACCCAAAGUCAAGGAUUACAAGGACGAAUUGGUCAAUGCCAAUACGUGUGGCGCCAAGUCGGGGUACGGAGUCGCCCAAGCACCCGACAAGGUCAUUACCAACGCGGUACCCAUGCUGGAGAUUCGACGAGAAGACGACGGACCACGCAUGAUUGCCGACGGAGUUAUUAUCAACUAUUUGAUUAUACCGUUGCUAUACCCACAAAAAAUGACACCCGAUGUCUUGCGAUGGGAAAAAAUCAUUGGAUACGAAUUCAUACCCGCCAUGUGGAGGGAAUACACGGGGGUGGAAUACGCCGCCGCAUUCGCUCGAGCGUGUCCCAAUUAUCCGGCCACCUUUACCAGUCGCUUUAGUCCCGUCAUGCGACAACCCGUGGCCGUCAUGACGCGAUUGAUGGCGCGAGAACGCACCAUUCUCAAGGAUUACAUGGGGGAAGAGUACGACCGGACGCCCGACAAGACCACCAUGAAGUCCAUCAUGACCAAGUUCAAAACCGAACUGGGACGGCAAAUGGGUAAGCAGGAUUUCAUGGGUGGAGAGACUCCCAAUGCUACCGAUGUGAGUUUCUAUGGUGUCAACAUUCUGCGGUUUGUGACAGAGGUUGGUCCUACCAAGAAGCUCAUUGAAGAAGUGGGCUUGUUGCCGUGGAUGUAUCGCAUGAUGGAUAUUUUGCCUCCUUCCAAGUGUUUGGCUCCCCGUUUCUUUGGACCUCCCAUGGAAGGAUGGAAAGGAGGAUGGCUCGUGGACCCGCCGCAACUUGAGCCUGUCAAGUAUGAUGGACCACAGCCAGAAGAAGAGACAGCCACAACGGAAACAACCGCAGCUGAAACCGCACCAUCAGCAUCCAAAUCAGAAGAAGCAGCAGCUACAAAAGCUGAACCAGAAGCAGCAACAACAACAGAAUCAGCAGAAGAAGGGGCUUCCCGUGGCGAGAAUGGGGCGGAGGAGCCUGCUGCUAGUGCGGACGCCUAGCCUAGGGAUGGCAGUUAGAUCUUUCGGAUCGGUUUUUUAUGGCACGGUAUGAAGCUUUGGCAAAUGAUGCAACCGUGCUGCCCCUGGGACUCGCUUUGACGCUCCAGCACCAUGCUUAGUCUUUAACAUGAUAAUGAAUCGUGACCUCAACUCUAUACCCGUAGUAGCCUGCACCAAAUCAGCGGUUCAUCUUGGGCUCUUGGUCCAACUUAGCUGCGUUCGAUCGAUGUCUGCAGGCUUGAAGGCUGAACCUAAUAAGAAAAUAUGUCAUUUUGUGUCUUGCUUUCUAUUACUCGUUAAGCUCUAUUAUGUACAUGAGGAAAGAUCAAAGCUGAUCAUUGUGUUUCGUUGCAUCGUGAAUCGUACCGUCGUUUCAAGACAGCAUCAUGCCUCUCGAUGAAACUAAGACAACAGACCCAUAUCGUUUCCAUUUUUCUUGGCAAGUUUGACCAGGUUAGUUCGCAGAGUCUUGGGAGCUUCUUUGACCCAUUCAUCCAUGUCGAUCGUUCCACUUUCGUCGGCAUCUGCUCUUUUGAAUAUUCCUGCCACUUGCUUUGCCUGGAGCCAGUCGAAUCCAAGUGACUGCAUUGCCUCCUGGAGCUCUGCCUCGCAAAUGGUGCCAUUUCCGUCCUUGUCGGCCAGGUGAAAGAGAGAUCGAAGCACGGCAUCACCAAAGACAGAGUCGGAAGUCUCAACAAAGUUUCCAAUGACUCCAGAAUGAAUGGAGAUGGCCUUGCCUCGAACCUUGUUGAGGAGUUCGUCACCCAAAAAGCCCCUGACAAACAUCACCAUCGGUGAUAAGACGCCUUCUUUGUGAACGGGCCCUUUUUUCUUUUUGGGUGCGGCGGUCUUGGGUUUGGGGGCUUCUGCCUUGGGCGCUGGUUCUUCGGACAAGGCGAUUUCAUUGGCUGCCUCUUCCACGAGAGUAUUGCUGGUAUCAGCCAAGGAAGCGUAAUAAGGGAAAGGCUCCGAUGACAUCUGCAAGGCCAUGGCGGGAGUCUUCGUGGGAAGGGCAACUUGAAAAGCCAUGGCAGAAGAGGCCAUUGUGAAGAGAGUCAAAGAACGGAUCAUGGUGGUAGACGAUGAGGAAUUGUUUUUGUGUUUGUUCUGCUUAGUGUUGUUUUUGGUUUUGCAAAAUUGUGAGCUUUGUUCUUUCCUCAGGUUUGGUUGCUUCCCCCAAACCAAUGACUUCGUGCACACGCAUCCUCAAAUGACG